CUAAAUGACAUAUCAAAAAUGCAAUGUUUCCUAAUAAGUUUUUAUUAUCAAAUAUAGCAUAAGGUUUAUUCCUAUAAACUACUCAUUUUCACUGUUCGCUGCUUUUUGCCUGUUCAUUAUCCGACUUUCGUUCAUUCCGCUGUUCUGCGUGAGUUACUCCUCGAAAUAUUUAUUUUAACAUAAUUCUUGUUACCAAGACUAAUUAUGUCUUCAAUUCUAUGUUUUUGCAGGACAAUCGAUCACGAAGUUUAUACACUGGACAACACAAUGACGUCUUUUGACGAGAUCAAAACUCUGUACCAGACACUGAAAACUGAAUGGAACAAAAAGAAGCCCGAUUUCAAACAAUGUAACAAUACAUUGUUGCAAAUCAAGGUGAGAAUUACUUCAUAUGACUUGUAAGAUUGAAUAAAUAAAUGGUUCCCAUUCAAUCUUACAUAUAUAAUGCACAAAUAAUGGAUAAGUAUGAUGUAUAUGUACAUAAUGUUUAAAACAAAAGUAAACACUAAAAUAUGACUUAUUUUGCUAAUAGUUGGUCCCAUUAGUGUUUUUACUAAUAUCUGAUGUAGCUAAAGAAUUGGAACACUUAAAUAAUAUAAUGCUUUACCUGUCUUAGAAUAUUUUGAUAACAGUUUUGUAAGUGGUACAUUUAGAUGCAUGAAUUCAACAUAAGAAAAUUUAAAAUUAAUUCUCCAAACUACAUUUAUUAAUAUAGAUAAAUAUAGAAGCAAACCCAUAUUGAAUGUUUUUCAUCUUGUCGUUUUUUCCUAGAUUCUCAAAACGUAUAUGUCUAGUGAAAUAUCCAUUUAAUUCUUAUUAGAUGUAUUAUUUGAAUUGUCUACAAUCCAUUUAUAUUUUAUUACAAAUUAGUUAUCAAAGCAAAUUUAAUAAUGAUACAUUUCUACAUUCAUCUAAACUAUUAUUAACCUAUUAAUUAACAACAUUAGUUUACUUACAUAUUGUUAGUGUUUUUAUAAAGGUAUUUACAUUUUAGUUAUACUAUUAUUUUUAAUAAUUAUUACAUUUUACAGAUUGGAAUGACUAAACACACAUUUCUACCAACUACUAAUGUUGAAGCAUCACAAAAAGAAUAUCUGAUAGCAAGUUAGUUUAUUCUAUUGGUUAUAAAUACUGAAAAAUAAAUAUAAUUUUUAUAAUGGUGUUUAAAUUAUUUGUUUUAUUUUUUUUUUCGAAAUUUGUAUUAAAGAACAUUUAAGAAACAAGCUGUUCUAAAAUUUAACAUUUACUUCAUAUUUUAUCACCCUAAUUUUUGGGGGUGAAACGACUACCUACUUGUGAUUUUAAAAUGGCAACCUGUGUUAAAAAAUUCAUAAAUAUAUAAUGUAAUAAGUUGUUGUGUAAUAUAAGUUAAGUAAUAUAAUUUUAUGAAGUUAAAAUACAUUUUUAAUUUCCAUCAAUCUGUUGACGAUAUAUUCCACUUUUAAGUUUGGGUCAGAAGAGAGUUGUGGAGUAUUAUUUGUGUGACGGCACAGCACGCAGCGCUUUAAUAAUGUACCACUGCUCUCCCCUGACCCAAACUUAAAAGUGGAAUAUAUUGUCAACGGAUUAACGGAAAUUAAAAAUUUAAACACCAAAAUUUAUUUUAACUACUACUCCAUUUAUUUAUGGAAUUUUUAAUAUAGGUCGCCAUUUAAAAAUCAAAAGUAGGUAGUCGUUUCACCCCAAAAAAUUAGGGUGACAAAAAUAACAUAAAUGUAAAAUUGCAGAGCUGCCUGUUUCUAAAGUUUUCUAUAAAACAAAUUUAGAAAAAAGUUAAUACUUUCCGAGAUAAUGAGUGUUUUAUGAUAGAUUGAUCACUCUGUAUAUGUGUCAGUUUUAUUAAAAAAUUUAAAACAAGAUUCAUUAGCAGGGUUUGGGACUUCUAGCAUUUAAAAUUCACAAAAAAAAGCACUUAAAGAAAAUAUUACCAGACCAAAUAGUAGAAGGUUUAAAUGUCUGUCUAAUGACCAAAAUUAUUAAAUAUAAAUUUCUAAGGGGACAUAAAUUAUUAUCAAAAAAGUAUUUUGUUUAAAUAAAAUUCUGUGUAUUAUAGAAAAAAAUAACUGAGUUAAUAAUUUUUAUAGCGCUAGAAUAUCGUAUUUAAUAAGUUAAAGGACCAUUAGGUCCAAUAUUUGCUUAAAAUGCUUUUUUUUAAGGUUUUUUGUCGUUUUUAUGUGAAAUUUAAGCGCUUUAAGUCCUAAACCCUGUUCAUUAGUAAUACCAAUAAUAUUUUAUCAUUUUUUCUAGGAGACAUAUUAGAAGUUGGAGUUCAAUGUAGUAUCGCCAUGCAUGAUAUACCAUCUUUUGAAAGAUACAUGGCACAACUCAAGUGUUAUUAUUUGGACUACAGGUAUGCAAUACUUAAUGAUAUUGAUUGUAAAUUAUAUCUACUAAUUUCAAAAUUCCCAUUGUUUUUAUAUAGGGAUAAAUUACCAGAAUCUGUAAACCAAUAUCAUUUGUUAGGUCUGAACUUGCUGUUUUUACUAUCACAAAAUAGAGUAGCCGAGUUCCAUACUGAAUUAGAACUUCUCCCUUAUGAUAUUGUUCAAACCAACACUUAUAUUAAGCAUCCGGUGGCUUUAGAACAGUAUUUGAUGGAGGGUAGUUAUAAUAAGGUAAUUAAUAAACAUAUUGAACUGUUCAUUUUUUUUUUUUUAUUUGUUCUUGGUGUUAUAUAUUUAUAUGCAUUUAGAUAUUUCAAGCAAAAUCAAAUGUACCAUCAGAUACAUAUAAUUUUUUUAUGAGCAUACUAACCAACACUUUACGUAACGAGAUAGCUGAGUGCUUGCAAAAGGCAUACAAAAAAAUUUCAAUUAACUCUGCUACAAAAAUGUUAAAUUUCAACAGCACUAACGAAAUGAAUGAUUUUGCUAUUAAGGUGAAUUUCAAUUAUUUUUAUGUUAAGUUUCAAUAAAAAAAACUGAAAAAUGUAUUAUUAUUAUUUUAUGUUUAGAAAAAAUGGAUAUUGGGACAAGAUGGAUAUUAUGUAUUCCAUCUUGAAGAAGAAAAGAAAGCAAUAGAACCUUUGCCUGCAUUACAGAUAGCUGAUCACGCUAUUCACUAUGCAAAGGAAUUGGAAACUAUAGUAUAAUCAUAAAACAUUUUAUACACACUGAUUUACAUUGAUUAUUUUAAAUAACUGAAAGUUGUGUAUAAGAUAAAUUGUCUAAAUAUUUAAAAUUAAUAUAGUUUCUAUUUCUUAUUUAUUU